UUUAAUGAACCAAUUUUUGACACUACUCAUUGGAAAAGGAGUUUUAGGUAUGUGGUAGAAAAAUUGAAGAAGUCUCUACCUCAGAAAACAGCCAGACCUGGUUAGCUUGGAAAAAAUACAAGAUUGAAACUUCACUCAGAGGGUGCAUUCCCGCAGAUGCAAGUCUGCACCUUCACAUGCAUGGCAGAUUGUCGACUUGGUUUCCACUGUGCUAUUGGUUGUUGUUACCUAAAUACAUUUCUAGUGUCUCAGCCCAUUCACGCACAAUUGAAUCUUGUUUUGGAUCGUACUGUUUUUUAUCCAUGUUCUCAAUUUUCGGCUCCCACGGUUCCUUCAAAAUUUUUGGAAGACGUAUCUAGUUGUGACACAGGCUUUCUGUGGUAGGUCCAAAUAGCGUUCUACUUCCAUAUUACCCCAUUAGAUAUAGAUAUAGGGGAAGCUUCUCUGUCUAGUAGAUAGAUUAACACCUGGCUUAGAAAAAAAAUAAAGAUAGAUUAAGACCUGAGACUAACGUGCUGGACAGAUGAGCAGAAUCUGUGGGGCUCUGCUCUCAUUGGAGAAAUGACAGUUGUUAUUGUUCCUUUCCUUUUGGGCUCUUUUUCUUAUUUCUAAUUUUUAUUCCUUAAGCUUGGUUGUUUUGUUUUGAGUUUUCUCUGAUUUAGUUUCAAGCCUUUGGAGCUAUCCAUCAACUUGUAGAAGACAGGAAUAGACCCUUUGAUUGAUCAAAGACAGUAAUAUGAUGCGCAAAACAAGUAAGGGAAGCUAGCUAUGUAAAUAUGUCAGUGUCCCAGAGAGUUGGUGGGAGGAAUAGGUGUGCCAUCUUGUCUCCUACCCCAACUUAGAGCUACGAAAAUAUAUGUCAGCCUCCUAGGGAGUUGGUAGGAGGAAUAGGUGUGCUUUCUUUUCUCCUACAGUCUAAAAUGCCCAACUUAGAGCUAUGAAAAUAGUCUCAGGCUCCUAGGGAGGAACAAAAAAGAUCAAAGAGCGAAGAUGAGGCAAGCAGAACUCAUCUUCAUCCCAACGCCAGGAAUUGGUCACCUGGUGUCGACCCUUGAAUUCGCAAAGUGCCUAAUUGAUCGUGAUGAUCGACUUUUGAUCACAAUCCUUUCCAUGAAGUUCCCCUUUACUCCCCUUGCAGAUGCAUACACCAGAUCACUCACUGCCUCACAAGCUCGAAUCCAACUCAUAGAACUCCCCCAAGUAGAUCCACCUCCAGCAGAGUUAUUGAACUCGGUCGAAGGCUAUAUAUCUGUUUUCAUAGAAAGGAACAUACCCAAUGUCAAACGUUGUCUCACAAAGAUUGUAUCCUCCAACUCAAACUCAGGCUCAGCCCGGGUUGCCGUGUUGGUUCUUGAUUUUUUCUGCCUGUCCAUGAUAGAUGUUGGCAGGGAACUGGGUCUCCCUUCUUAUUUAUUCUUGACCUCUAAUGCUGGAUUUCUUGGUCUCAUGCUCUACCUUCCAUCUCGUCAUAACCAAAUGAACAUCGAAUUCAGUGACUCAGAUCCUGCAUUGUUAAUCCCGGGCUUUGUCAACCCAGUUCCACCGGUUGUUAUGCCUUCAGCUGUGUUUAACAAGGAUGGUGGCUACACUGCUUAUAUUAAGCUUGCUCAAAGAUUCAGAGAUACCAAAGGAAUUAUAGUAAAUACGUUCACAGAGUUGGAGCAACAUGCUCUUGGCUCAUUUCCUGAUGGACAAACGCCUCCAGUCUACGCAGUUGGUCCAGUGCUUGACCUGAAAGGUCAACCUCACCCUGGUCUGGAUCAGGCUCAGCAUGACAACAUCAUGAAAUGGCUUGAUUUUCAGCCUCCAUCAUCCGUGGUGUUUCUAUGCUUUGGAAGCAUGGGGAGCUUCGGUGCAACCCAAGUGAAAGAGAUAGCUACUGGGCUGGAGCGAAGUGGGCAUAGGUUCUUGUGGUCCUUGCGGAUGCCCCCCUCGCCAUCCCCCGAUAACAUCCUGCCAGAAGGUUUCUUGGAACGGAUUGAAGGGAGGGGGAUGAUAUGUGGUGAGUGGGCGCCACAGGUGGAGGUCCUGGCCCACAAAGCAGUAGGAGGGUUCGUAUCUCAUUGCGGAUGGAACUCAAUAUUGGAGAGCUUGUGGCAUGGCGUACCUAUUUUAACAUGGCCUAUAUAUGCUGAGCAACAGCUCAAUGCAUUUAAGAUGGUGAGAGAGUUGGGAUUAGCAAUGGAGAUGAGGCUGGACUAUAGGAGUGGUGGUGAUCUGGUGAUGGCUGAAGAGAUAGAGAGAGCUGUAAGACGCCUGAUGGAUGGUGGUAUUGAGGUUAGGAAGAAGGUGAAAGAGAUGGGAGAGAUGGCCAGAAAAGCUGUGAUGGAUGGUGGAUCUUCGUUCACUUCUAUUGGACAACUUAUGGAGGAUAUGAUAGGCAGCAGUUGACAUAGAGAAUGCGUAUGUAGGGUUGAUUUCUCAUUCUUGUUGAAGAAAUCAACUGAAAACAAAGGUCUUGUAGUCUUUCUAGCUUCUCCACACCCAUUUGCCGUUUAGCUAGGACAAUCUUGAUCUGGAAUUUAUAUCCCUAAACUUGUUGAAUUAUGCUUGUUUUUAUUGCUGAAUUUUGCUUGUUUUUAUUUCAAUUUGUGGCUGAAAUUUCCCUUUUCGAAAUAAGUGUCAAAAAAAUAUAUUGCAUGGA